UCAACAUUCUAGUCUUUCUAGUUGAUCAUGACAAAAUUGAAAAUAGAUCAGUUGGACAGGUAGAAUUGAACAAUUAAAUUGAAUAAUUAUAUGGUUACAAAAUACAAAUCAAACUUUGCAUCUGACACCUAUAAGCUAACUAUAAUUUAAAAUAAAUCAUAAUAGUAUAAUAUGAAUAAUUUAGAUUUUUACAAUAGUUGUAGAUAUGAAGUUCUUGCAGAAAUAUCAUUUCAUACUGAUACUUCAAAAAAUCAGUUUGUAAAAUUAUUAUGCAGUCGUCUUUUAGCCCGAUGUUAUCUUAAUAAAUUAGAUACAAGAUGCAUUGAGCCAUUAGAAUCUAAUAAAGAAGAUGAGUGUUCAACUGUUCAAAAGCAGUUUGAAAAUUUAAGUACUAAUGAAUUACAACAACAUGCUGAAUGGUAUGAUUACUGGGAAAAAAAUGGUGAAAACUUUGUUAAUGAAGCUUGGAUUAAACUGUAUGGAAGUUGUACACUAGAUGAACUUCCAACUGAUAUCGAAAAUUUAUAUCAAAAUCAUAAGGAACAACAAUAUCAUAUAUUAUAUUGGAAGUUUAUUAAUGAGAUGAGUUCUAAUGCUUCAGAAACUUCCUCUGAGAAUUUUGAGAAUGAUGAAUGUAGUUUAAAAUAUAGCAAAGAACUUGUUACUGAUGAUCAAGUUUCAAAUUUUGAUUUCCUUUACAAAUAUAAAAAUUUUCAACAACCAAACAGUAAACUUUCCAAAGCUUAUAGGGCUAUUAGUAUAAUGGGAUUUAUUUAUAAUGAUCAAAAUAUGUUUGAUAUGGGAUUUGUUCAAUAUCUUAAAAAAAACAUUAUUAAAUCAACUCGUCAUCUAAAUGUGUAUAGGUUUCCAAAGAUGUGUGCUACGCCUACAUUUGAUGAUAACUUGUUAUUGAAUAAUUCUAAAGAUUGUGUGGAGAGUAAAGUUAAAAAUAAAAAAACAUUAAAAAAAGAAGAACGUAAAGAUAUAAAAGAAAAACAUACUAUCGAAGAAAUGAAUAGACUGGGCUAUAGCUAUUUGCAAAAUAAACCUAAAUUAUUGAAGUAUUGGAAAAAAAGAUAUAUGUUGUUUUCUAAAUUUGAAAAAGGGAUAAAACUAGAUGAAGAGAGUUGGUAUUCUGUUACUCCUGAAAUAAUUAGUAUUCAUAUAGCUGAACGAUGUAGUUGCUAUUUGAUUGUUGACCCAUUUUGUGGAGCUGGCAGUAACAUUAUUCAAUUUGCUAAGACCUGUGAACUAGUUAUAGCUAUUGAUAUUGAUCCAAAAAAGAUUGAAAUAGCCCGUCACAAUGCAGAAUUAUAUGGUGUUGCAGAUCGAAUUCAAUUCAUUAUUGGUGAUUACUUUACUUUAGCACCAACUCUUAAAGCUGAUGUUGUGUUUUUGUCUCCACCUUGGGGUGGACCUGAUCUCAUGAAUCUUGAAGAGUACAAACUAAGUUACAUAAUGCCCGAAAAAGGUGGCAUACAACACAUGAUGAGUUUGACUCGACAAAUCACAUCAAAUAUUGCACUACAUUUACCAAAAAAUACUAACAUUUUCGAUUGUAUUAAAUCUGCAGAAGAUGAUUUUAUUGAGGUACAACAGAAUAUGCUUAAUUCAAGGUAUAACUCUUUAACAGUUUACUAUAGUGAACUGUAUGGACUCUGCGAUGAAGAUACUAUCACGUAUAAUGAUGGUUAG